CGUCUCUCCGCUCUUCCAGAUUUCUCUGACCGCAUCAGCAAGAGCAGAACGACCGGCUACGAGUCCGGGGAGUAUGAAAUUCUGGGAGAGGGGUUGGGUGCCAAGGAGACCCCCCAGCAGCGAUACCAGCGGCUGCAGCACGAGGUGCAGGAGCUGAUCCGCGACGUGGAGCAGAUCCAGAGCGCCGUGAAGGAGUCGGCGGCCGAGGAGGAGCUGACGCCCAUGGCUUUGGCCCGGCAGCUGGAGGGGCUGAAGCAGCAGUUGGUUUCGUGCCACCUGCAGAAGCUGCUGGGCCCCACCGCUGCCAUCGACUUCGCAGACCCCGAGGGCGCCUUGGCGAAGUGAGUGCGGGGCGGGGGGGCGGCGGGGGGAG